AUGAUGAUGGUAAGCGACGACUGUCUUGUGGAGUGUAAGAUCGAUGAUGACAGCGAUGAAGAGGAUGGAGGAGGAGAAGAGAUGAACACUCCUCCUCCUCCUCCAGAGUUUGCAUCCAAAGCCCCAACUCUGGCACCCAAACUUCCGACCCUCCCCGUGGCCCCGGCUACGCCCACACCUACCCAUCCUGUCAACAGGGACCCUUAUGGCAUCAACAAGCACCUACAGGUGGAGGUAAGUGACGUGCUGGCAGAACCUGCUACACCCCGUAGCAUGGACGGAGUGUGGCUUUACAGUGUCACUGGGUUUGAGAGGUCUCGUGUCUGGACGUACCGCUGCCUUACCUCGCUGCUUGCCGUGCCCUUCGCUCUCCUCUGUGGCAUUUUCCUGGCCAUUCUUGCUUGUCUACACGUCUGGUUUGUGGUGCCAUGCAUACAGCUAGGCAACACCUUCCUGCCAUGCCUGCGGUCCUUGUGUCUGUGUGUGGUGAACGUUUUCAUCACUCCCUUUUGCACGUCUCUCGCACUCUGCUGCAGUCAAAUUGCCAUUUCACUGUCGAACGAGGACUGGCAUCAAAUGAGGGACAAAGAGGCGGUGUGAGUGUGAGGCAUAGCAAGUGAUAUCGAAUAAGUGAGUGACUGAGUGAGUGGGAGAGAGAGAGAGUGAGAAUUUCGU